GAUUGGACACGUCUUUCCCCGGGCGGCUGUUCCUUCCUUCAGCAUUCUUCGGAUGGUCCUCCUUUCCCCUGGCUGUCCCUUCCAUCUUCUCCGAGGUCACCCGGGGCGAUCUGGUCCUAGGCUUCGUCUGCUCCGCCUGGCACGGCGAACUCGCGGUCCGCCACGUGCGCUGGAUUGUUACAGACCUAUUGCUACUACAGCUAUCUAGAAGAAGAGAGAAAGAUGCGAGGUAGAAGAAAGAGAGACGGGAUACCGCGUAUUGGGUUUACGUACACGCCGGCCCAAUUCCGCAGCCUGCUUUCCCUUCUGAGCCUCACCUUCUUUGGUCUGAAUACUGACAUGGCGGUAGCGCCGGGCAGCAGUGGUGUUGAUCGUGGCGGGCGCGAUUUCGAGAAACUGGGGGCUGUGGAGAGGGAAGCGCUGACCAAGUUCUUGACGGACAGGGAGGUGGAAGACGAGCUCGCCGGAUUCUUGCACUACUACGUGGCAAACAAGCAAGGAGAAGAUGGAACUGCUCCGGUGGUUGAAGAGUGAAGAUGAAACCAUUUCAGUAGAAUAAGAAGCCACACAGCAGGUAAUAUGGGUGAUUCCAAUACAAAUGAGUUCUAAGUUAAAGGCCAUAUUGUUGGGUGGGUCGAUGAUGAUGAGCUAGCAGUGACGCCUAAGAAAAAUGAAAAGCCAAGUGCAAGUACCUUUGUUGGUUAAGUUUAUACCUACAGUUGCAGCUCCUAUUCUGUAAAAUUGAAGCUUGCUUUUGGGUUUUAACCUAUCUAGUGUCUGUAGUUUGAUUUCUGAAAGAAAAACGGAAUACAUGUGGUCCAACAAGACUGUCAAAUGAAUAGAGCAAUUUGCCGAUGGUCUACCUGUGUAAUUUCAGUAGGUUACUUCUGUUAACUUUUUUUUGGACCGGGAUACUGCUGUUAAAUUGAUGUAGCCAACUUGUGCCAACCCACAACGAAAUAAGUUUCUGUGUUGCCUCUUCUCUGGGAAAUUUUUUAAUUUUUCAUAACUGGAUUGAGGGAUUUGGUGCAAAUAUGCACCUGAUAACAUGUUUUCUAUUACUAUUCUGUAUUCUGUAUCUAUCCACAACAAGUCAUACUAAUCAUUAAUUGGCGCGCCCAAAUCUAUGAACUCUCUCUCGACUUGUAGACGCCCUGCCCAUGUAACCACGGUUACUCCCUGAACUAUGAACGAAUCUAACGGCUGAUGGUCUGUUUAGAUAGCUCAGCGCUCUUGGAAAUUGAUGAUCUGAAUAUCCUACUGCAUUAUCAAAUUAUCAUUUCUUCAUGAUAAUAUUGCUGUCAGCGGUGUAUCUUUUAAAUUCUCCCCCGUUGGUUUUUUUUUUUUUGCAAUGCCAAAUAUGUUCAUUUUGGAUUUCCAUGGAGUUGCUACGUGCGUGCUAGAGUAGUUUGCUCUUGUAAAUUUGGACUUCCAGUGUCAAAAGGGCCUGCAACGGUUGGAGUAAGCGGGGCGAGGGUUCAGAUUUGAGAAGAGCCUCAGCCCUCUCAGCACAUGAACGUCAAUCCAAAAGUCGCAUAUGCAAGGGGAAGCUGCCAGUGCCAGCCGGACAGGCAUGAGGGUGUGUGCUUACGACCUCACUGCCAAGCGGGGCCCACCUGCAGAUCCAACCCUCCCCGCAACGGCUAGUUCCGGCCCCCGCAGCCGUUGGGACAAAAGGCAAACAAAACCAGAGUCCAGAGGGAGCGGAGCUCUCCCACCAAACCACCGUUCUAAACGCUCCCCUAGUCCCCUGCUCAGCUUCUCCAGAGAUCGCCAAAGAAGCAGCAUCGGCAGUAAGCUCUGCGGCGAUGGGGUACACGUACACUCCGACAUACUACUCGGGCCUGCAGGACACCAUCGCGUCGCUCUGCAAGUCCAUCCUGCCCUCCUUCCGCGUGGGCCGGCGGCUCACCGCCGACCAGGCCGCCGCGCGGCGCCACGCCGAGCAGCUCAAGUGGCAGCAGGAGUCCUUCCACCGCAUCCUCCACCUCGCCGCGCUCCACCGCGAGGGCAUCGCUCCGGCCUCCGACGUUGCCGCCUUCCGCGGAACCAUGCUCGCGGCGCUCGUCGCGCCGCCGCAGCACCUCGAGCAGCCCGCUGUGCUCCGGGACAAGCUCCUCUUCCUCCAGGAGCUCCUCUACGCCAAGUGCGUCUCCGCGGCGGAGUACAACGCGUCCAAGGCGCCCCUCGUGCAGCGGCUCGCCGCGUUCGGCGUCAUCGUCGACUGCCCCGACGCGGAGGUCUCGGCCGAGGAGUGGUCGGAGAUCGACCUCCGUGACCCGCCUCCUCCCGCCACUGCGGCGGCCUCCGACAAGCCGAAGCACAAGGCCUUCGUCACGCCAUGGAAGAGCAGAUCCAAGAAGGACCAGGACGUGAACAGCAGCGCAUCAAGGCCGCCGCUGGCCCCUGUGGACCAUAACAACGCCACCAACGCGCCAGUCUUCAUGACCGAGAGCUCGCCGUCGGAAACGGUUCCCUCCGGGAAGGCCGAGAAAGGGAAGAGGAGGCAUCUGGCAGGGAUGUUCCACAGCGGCGGCAGUGGCACCGAGAACAAGGAGCCUGCGGGGGAGGAAGGGGUCGUCGAGAAAGAGACGGUGAGAGGUAAGAAGAAGAGCUCGUGGGGGUUCGAUGGCAUCAAGAAGUGGACGAAAGCCGGUGCCUGUAACAGUGGCGAGGCGGCAGCCACCGGUGAGCAGCCGCAGCAUGUUCCUCCGCGCUCAUCUUACAGCGAGUGCCAGCUGGAGGCGAGCCCCAUGGCUGCUUCUGGACCGGAUGCCAAGAGGGCCAAGACGAGGCUGCACUCGGACACGGACAAUGACUCUGCUUCCGAGCUGCUGCGUGACAAGGUUCUGGUGGAGAACACAAAGAAAGAGCUCUCAAGGAUUCAGGCUGAGCUAUCAUCUACAAAUCGGAACUUGAACUUCUCGAAUCAGCAGAUGGAGGCCAUCUCAACAAAGCUUCCGGUGGACAAGUCUGACCUCAAGUCCUACUUCCCAAAGGCAUGGUGUGAUCAGCACGGGGAUGGCGUGAUCACCGCGGCUAAGGAAGGGUUCAAGCAGCACGUCGAAGAGAUGGAGAAGCAGAGGGACAUCACUGGCAGUGAGGGCUGGGCUACCUUUGAGGACAUCGACCUUGAUGACAACUUCAACCCGAGGGCCUUCUCUCGCCACCAGCCGGACUCUGCGGUGAAAGGCAAGAAAGUCAAUGAAAGCCUCACCAGCAGUUUCACAAACCCAUUCUACAGCGAGAAGAACCCGUUCUUGAACACAAACUACAACUGAAUGAUGUUGAACUCUUUUGCGUUGGGAUGUAUCAGUCCGUUUAUAUUUUUGUUACUGGUAUAAUGUUGUUAUUGUACUUAGGGUUCAAUUGUUACAUUGGAUCAGGGUUGUUGUUUAUGACGUAAGAAGUUGUAUGGUUGGAGAUUACUUGAUCAUUCUUGAUAUCUACUAAUAUUGAAAUCAUUUAGGUGUCUA